UCUAUCAGCAUGGAAGAAAGUAAUUUAAGUAGCGAAGGUGAAGUAGUAUUCUGCCGUCAGUCUGGCGUUGGUACUGAGGAUGACUGGGACGAUACAGCACUAAUCGAAGCCUAUGAUCGAGCUGUUGGCUGCAUUUAUAAGGAGCUUGACAAGCGUAAGGCCUCCAGGAAAGGAAGUGUUUCGUUAAAAUGGAGAACUGGCGAGUAUUGCCGGUCUCAAUAUAGCGAAGAUGGAGUGUGGUAUGAAGCAAAGAUUCUGUCGAUUUGUGGUGACUUGUGUACUGUGCAGUAUCUUGGUUACCUAAAUGAAGAGGAAAAAAGCUUAGACAGUUUGAGAAAGAGCCGAGGAGACACAAGCAGGCAACUACAGAUUUCCGAGGCUAACGGAUUCGAGGACGUUGUAAAGGAGGCAGCAACAGAUCGCAAUAGAUCUCGAUACCCAUUCUCGAAGCCCAGUGCUUUAGGCAAUAAGGCUAAAGAUAACGUUAUACCAUCUACAAGUGGAUUGAAAGACCGCUUGAUUUCCAGUGACGAGAAGGAAGCUCAACCAGCUACAUCUUCUCUUCAGUAUCGAUCGUUAAAAGAUAACGAACACGAACGACGGAAGCGGGGAGCUUUUCUACAUGAAAGUGGUCCAGGUAUAGCUUUUCCUCCACCACCGCCUCCGUUCCCGCCACACGUUGACGGAAUUUGCAGUAGCGAUGAAGCUUUGGCUGCAAUGUUAAUGUCGUGGUACAUUUCCGGGUAUCAUACAGGAUACUAUCAGGCCAUGCGACAAAGUGGUGGAUCUAGUUGAUUCAGAAUUGCGGUUAUGAUGCCACAUCACAUGGUGCGAGCUUCGUACUGUUGUUCGUCUCGAAUCGGUGCAAGCUUACAAAUUAAGUGGGCGUGAAUUCUGUAGAUAUAAAAUCACCUACGGUUCACUAAACAUGAACAGUACAUGUACAUAUGCAAAUGCACGUCUGCGUAAUUUAUUGCAUUCAACGUUGUCCUGUUAAUUCUUGUUCAUCUCAUACUAAUCGUAGGGAAUUUCAUUAGGAGAGCUAUUAGAAAAUGUUCUGCAACCUAGCAAGAAAUUGCAAACGAAAAUUACUAUAGUGGAUAGCAUGAAGUUCAACGUUUUACAACAGCGAAGAACUGUUAGAUGGCAGUCAAUAAAUGCGCAAAAUGUUUUUUUUCGAUUCUAUUUAAGCUUUGCCAAGUUCCUGUAGGCCACUUAAUUGUUCAUCGCGGAAUGUAAAAUUUCUCAAUUGGCGGUGAAUCUUUAUACUUCUCUAUAAACUCAGAGUCAGAUAAUUGCCUCCGGUAGUAGCCGCGCCCAUACUGAUGCUUCUCUUCUAAGAUUUAAGUAUAAGGACAUAAGAACAAGCCUGGAAUUAUAUACGUGCAGAAAGCUCAGGCAAAACAAUCGGAGGUGACAUUGGGAACUAUGGAAAAUAAUUAUUAAGUAAGAAAUAAAAAAUAAAAUAUUAAGUAAUAAACAGAUUGUCCAAUCAUAAAUAGAUUCAUUUUAUCAACUAAGGACUAUAUAAAAAGCAUGGCUUCAGAUUCAACCUCUGUUCUUCCAUAGCUGCUACGAUGUACUUAUUUUACGGUCGAUAGGAUAGGUCGCACUGGCCAUGAACCCGCAUCAAAUAUAUGAUGAAAUUUGUAAUGCAAUAUCUGAAUAGAUAACUUAAAAGUAGUUAGAGUUCAAAGUGCACGUUGGCUUAGUGCAAAGUGGAAAUACUGCUCCACAUGCCUAAAGUUCCACCCUAGAUCUCAACAAAGAGUAGCCUGUUGAUAUUGAUCCUACGCUUGCACUUAAGACUAUAUCGUUCAUACCAAUAUUAAUUUGUUAUUAUGUAGCACACCUACAUCAGAACGUAUCGACACAAACGUUUAGUAAAUUAAGGUACACCAAAAAGUAAAUAUGGAUAAAGCACAAUUUUUGUAGUUCUUUUAGCAUGCGUAGGUAGAUUUUGCUCAAAGACAUAACCAAAUUACUUUUAAGCGUACUAAAAUGGAAUCUUGACGAAGUGUGUUUUAUCACGAAGUUGUGGGCUAGUUAUCUUAGUUAAUAUGUGGUGUUUCCAUUUUUGUAGUUGAAGUUACUAUCAUUCUCUAAACGCUUCAGGUUCGACUAGGUUAUCAGAGAUUGGAGAAGAAUCCUCUG